AUGACAAACAACAGUAGUGUGAAUCCUUAUUAUUUUCAGUUCACAACGUUUGCAGACUAUGGGGCCCUCAAAUAUCUUUUCUUCAUACUAUGUCUGUUGUUUUAUAUGAGUAUAAUCUGUGCUAAUGUUGGUAUAAUUACGAUAGUCUACCAGGAGAAGUCUCUGCAUCAGCCCAUGUAUAUUUUCAUCUGCUGUCUGUCUGUUAACGCUCUGUAUGGCUCAGCCGCAUUCUUUCCCAGGUUUCUGACAGAUAUUCUGUCUGACACUCAUUGGAUCUCACGUCCGAGUUGUUUCAUUCAGAUGUAUUUUAUCUACCUGUGUGUUUUAUGUGAUUUUAAAUUUAUCUCCAUCAUGGCCUAUGACAGAUAUAUUGCUAUUUGCCAGCCUUUAUACUAUCACAGUAAAAUGACACCUGGGAUAGUACGAGGUCUGAUAAUACUUACUGUUACCUCUUCUUUAUUUGAAUGUUUAUGUAGUGUCUUCUUUGUUGCUCAUUUAACUUUGUGUGGAUACAAGCUGGAAAGGACUUUCUGCUCUAACUGGUCUGUGGUAAAGCUCAAGUGUGGUAACAACUAUCAGUACGACCACAUAGUGGGUCAGGUGAUCAUAAUAUUGUUGUCCACUGGCAUCCCGUUCUUUGUCAUGUACACCUACCUGCGCAUUCUGAUUGUCUGCAUGAAAAGUUCGCGUGAAUUCAGGUGGAAGGCGUUUGAAACCUGUCUGCCUCAUGUUACAUCAUUUUUGGCGAUGAUCUUCUCUCUCUACUUUGAACAAUCAUAUAGUCGUAAUAAGCCUGAUAACAUGAAUCCAACCAUUGAAGUUUUUUCAUCGUUUGUAUAUGUGGCCCUUCCUCCCAUUAUUAAUCCUCUGAUUUAUGGAUGGAAAAUGCCACAAAUCAGAGCAGUGAUUGUUGUGAAGAGUGCGUCCUGCAUUCGAAUGUUAAAAGUCAACAUGCACAUUGUUAGCAGAUGA